AUGAAGUUCACCGGAUUCGCCGCUAUGGGCUUGAUGGGCUGCGCCCUCGCUCUUCCCCAUGGUUCCAGCAGCACCGGGGCUCCCAGCAGCACCGCGACUCCCAGCAGCACUGCGACCCCCAGCAGCACCCCCACGGUCUCUCCUACCCCAACCGUCACCCCCAGCGGCUUCGUGAAGCGCACUCUGCCCGAGCUGCCCUUCCCCAGCGGCAUCAUUCCUGACAGCAUCAUGAGCGCCUUGUCCUCGGCCUUCCCCUGCUCUGAGACCCCCACCGGCCUGCCAUCCAGCAUCCCCUUCGAGAAGCGCCAAUUCUACCACGGCCCUCCUUUCGGCCCUCCCCAUCACGGCUUCCCCUUUGGUGACUGGCCCACUCCUACCAGCACCCCCUCUGUCUCUGUGACCCCUACCGGUACCCCCUCCGUCUCCGGGACCCCUACCGCCACCUUCACAGCCUUCGCCAAGCGCGAGUUCUGGCCUACCGCCUGGCCUACUCCCAGCGGCACUCCCAGCGGCACCCCCAGCGGUACCCCAAGCGGAACCCCCAGUGUCACCCCCAGCGGCACUCCCACCAGCUCUCUCCCCGUCCCCACCCCUACCGGCUUCAUCCCCUUCGCUCCUCGCCCUCUGUUCUAG